UUUGAUUGCGAACAAUGGAUUGGCAAGGGCAGAAAGUGGCGGAACAAUGGAUGCAAAUUCUUCUGCUAGUUUCAGCAGCAAUUGCUUUUGUAACAGGUUAUUUGAUGGGUUCAUUCCAAUUGAUGGUGCUAAUCUAUGCAGGCGGCGUCGUUUUGACUGCUUUGAUCAUCGUCCCAAAUUGGCCAUGGUUUAAUCGUCAUCCUCUCAAUUGGCUUGACCCGACCGAAGCCGAUAAACACCCGAAGCCUCAACCAGCUGUGAGUUCCGGAAAUAAGAAGAAGAAUAACAAGCAAAAGUAGAGGAAUUUGAUGGAAAUAAAUUGAAUUUAUAGGUUAUAAAUUUCUGCCCAUUUAUCGUUUCAUUAUGUUGUUGUCACGUUGUUUAUUGUUUUAGUGGAGUUUUAUAUGUUUGUUUAAGAUGACUGGAAUUGAUUUUGGUUAUAUGAGCUAACAAAUUACCAGAUGGAAAUUAUAGUUUUAUGUCAUAAAUGGGUUUAUUGGGAAA